UAUUUGAUUUCCUUCGUUCUGUAGUCUACAGAUGUCCUCUGUGUUAAUGUGGCUGUACGUCACACGCAAGUGACGUGCCCAAGCGCUGAAAGUGGCCCGCGCAAGCCAAGCAGGCCAGGGAGGGAAACUUGAUGGAAGACAGACAGCAAGCUGAAUCAGGCGUCCGUCUUAUUUUCGCCAAGUUUUGGAGUCUUUAAUUAAAAUGGGAGGAGAGACAACGGACGAGGAAGGAGAAGGAGCAAAUUCAUGUAAGCCACCGGCAAGAAAAAAACGAUAUACUCGUUACAAUCCUCACUGGGCGACACUUUCGGAGUUUGAAUGGGUACGGCCGACCCAGGAAGACCAUUUUUCAGCUACUUGUGUUUUGUGUCCGGCAAAAAUAUCCGUAAAAUAUGAAUUUAAAGCGUUCAUGGAAGGACAGCACGAACUACUGAAGGCAGCAAAAGGAGAUUCCAAGUACACAUGGAAAAAGAGAAAGGGGCAGCAACAGACAAAUAAGUCCAGAGUGAGUGCAGGGUCAAGUGCAUCUUUGUCAGGGUCAAGUGCAUCUUUUACAGGGAGAGAAUCAGUGCCAGAACAAAUGGAAGAUGGCAGCAGCAGGCCAAGGAGUCCAUCCAGAUUAAGUGCAGCAGACUCGAUAACAUCUGUGUCAGAGAGACAACCUGGUUCACAACAAAGAGAAGAUGGCAGCAGCAGGCCAAGGGACUCCAGAUCAAGAGCAGCAGAUUCAAGAACAUCUGUGUCAGAGAGACAGUCUGUGUCAAGAAAAAAGCAAAGUGUGUUGGCAUGGCUGCUCAACUCGGACGUCUCAAAUAUAGGGUGACUCAUCAAAAUUAUCAGCUGAUAUCUACUCUGUUUUGCCUAGCAGUCAGCAUUGUGUAUGAGAGAUUUUGAUCCGUAAAAAAUUAAAAAUAUUAACAGGA